CAGCAGAAGCAGAAGAAGAAGAAGACCCUCAAAGGCGAUAGGCAUCCAUCCGCACGCCAACCCCUUCCUUCCUCUCCCUCUCCUCCUUAACCCCUCCUCCCCCGACCACCCCCACCACCACCACCACCACCACCUUCCUCUUCCUCCGCCCACCAAACCCACCGACCAUCAAGAAACAAGAACAAGAUGUCCUCCCCCUCCCCUACCCCGGACAUCCCCGCCUCCUCUCCCUCCCCCUCCGCUGCCGCCUCCCCCACGCAAACCCAAACCCUCUCGCUGCGCGCCCUCCUCUCCACGAAGGAAGCAGGCGUAAUCAUAGGCAAAGGUGGUUCCAACGUUGCCUCCCUUCGCGAGUCUACAGGCGUCAAAGCCGGAGUGAGCAAAGUGGUCCAAGGGGUACAUGAUCGUGUAUUGAGCGUUACGGGUAGCUUGGAAGGGUGUGCAAAGGCUUUUGGAUUGAUUGCAAAGUGUAUUGCUGAGAAUCCUGUCGUGGUGGGGGUGCCCGCUCAGCAGCAGCAGCAGCAGCAGGCUCAGUCGCAGGCGCAGGAUGCAGACGGCGACGCCGAGGGGGAGGGAGUCGCUUCUCCCUCUGCAGCAGUCUCACCCCUCAUCGCCGUGCGCCUUCUCAUCUCGCACAACCUCAUGGGAACGAUCAUCGGCCGCCAAGGGCUCAAGAUCAAGCAUAUUCAGGACAUCAGUGGGGCGCGUAUGGUCGCUUCCAAGGAUAUGCUGCCUCAGAGUACCGAGCGCAUCGUCGAGGUGCAAGGUAGCGCACAGGGGAUUGAAGUGGCCGUGCGAGAGAUUGGAAAGUGUUUGGUAGAGGAUUGGGAGAGGGGACAAGGCACCAUCCUCUAUCACCCUGGCUCCACGGAAGGGGCAGGCAUACUCGCGGCAGGAGGGGCGGGUGGCUUGCACCCUCAGACGGGCUCGUCGACCUCCCCCUCUUCCACGUCAGUCAAGGGCGCAGGCGCAGGAGCAGGCGCAGCAGGCUACCUCGCAGGCACCAUGGGCGGUCUCUCCCUCGCAGCGAACGCAGCCGGGGCUCGACGUGCUUCGAACAACCACCAUCGUAACAAUGGCGCAAAUGGGUCAGCAGCAGCCGUAGCCGCCGCAGCGGCGGUCGUCACGCCAGGAGGUGCAUUGAAUGUCCCCUCCACCGACCUUGCGGGCGCCACCUCUGGCUCCCCCUCUUCUACCUCCCCCUCCAUGUCCGGCAUGCCACCCGCCCUAGUGGACGCCUCCUCCCCCCCUGCCCCAGCCGGCUCCUCCUCCGCCGCGACGUCGGGCUCCGUUCUUCGCACUCAAAACAUCUCCAUUCCGGCGGACAUGGUUGGUUGUAUCAUUGGGAAGGGAGGGUCAAAGAUCACCGAAAUUCGACGAUUGAGCGGUAGUAGGAUCUCUAUUGCCAAGGUGGCUCACGAUGAGAGUGGGGAGAGGAUGUUUACUAUUCAGGGGAGUAGGGAGGGGAAUGAGAAGGCCCUCUUCCUCCUCUAUACGCAGCUAGAGAGCGAAAAGGAGCGUCGCACCCAGACGGAGAAUGAGAACAACGACAAUGCCAACGCGAACAAGGAGAGCGAUAAUCUGGCUGGAGCUGGACCUGGACCUGGACCUGCGGCUGGUGAGGUCGCGGAGAAUGCUUGAUUGCUUGCACGCACGAGGUAGAGGGAUAAGAAUAGAGAGAGGGCGGCUGAGUCGGGAAGCAAAGAGAGGAGAGAGGGGCGCGAGGUGAGUGACGACUACGCACGGUCAGAGCGACGAGGAGAGGAUGAUGACGAGGGCGAGGACGGCGUGAAGGAAGAAGAAGAAGAAGAGAGC